AUGACCCCUACAUGCCCCGUACGACCCCUUACGACCCCAUCCGACCCGCUUACGACCCACUUACGACCCUCUUACGACGCCCUACGCUGGUCGUCAUUGCCCCGUCACAGCGCUUCCAGGCCUCUCUCUCCUCCUCCAUUCGCCGCUUCCCCGCUUUCUCACACUCGCUCAGGCUAUCCCGCCGUCUCCCCCGCCGCCGCCCUCGCCGUCUCUCCCGCCUGCUCUCUCGCCGUCUGCCCCCCUCUUUCCUGGUCCACCUUCCCGCGUUGUCGUUUCCGCGACCCCUCCGCCCCUGCGUGGUUCGGCUGUGCCGUUUCCUCCAUCCCUGCUUCUCAACCACCUUCUCCCCCGUCCAACUCCCCUCUACCCCUCUCUACCCCUCGUUGCUCUGUUCUCCGCUGUCGUCCGCUCCCGCGCGCGUUCCGUCCGGGGUCCCCACGCGCAUUGUUCCCUUUCCUCCGCUUUAUCCCCUCCUCGCUCAGGCCCCUGGCUUCCCCCUCCCCGGCGUUCCCCCUUUCCUCCUUUCCGCCUCCCCGCCUUUCCCCAUCGUCGCACCAACCUGCGCGUCCAUGCCUCGCCGCGUCCUUCUCUUCCCGCGAUCUCCCUCCCGUGUGUUGCUCCUUCUCUCGUUGCCUCCUCCGCGCUUCCCUCCUCCGCGCUUCCCUCCUCCGCGCUUCCCUCCUCCGCCCUUCCCUCCUCCGCGCUUCCCUCCUCCGCACUUCCCUCCUCCGCGCUUCCCUCUUCCGCACUUCUCCCCUCCGCACUUCCUCCGCGCGCCGCUCCUCCACGCGCAUUGCUGGUUCCAGAUCCGUCCACGUAAUAUCGAAUCCUUUCCACGUAGUGCAUCAUCCCUCUCCUCCCUGCACACCACUAACGUUUUUCUCCUCCCUUCUCUCCCACCCCUCCUCCCUCCCCUCUCCCCUCUCUCUCCCCCACAUCCCUCCCUCCAUCUCCCCCACUCCCAUCCCCCCAUGA